UCUCCUGCUCUGGACCCUUCCUGAUUCUGACAGAGGUGUCAGCAGAGAGCACUGUGGUCAGACUGAAAAUAAUUCCAGAUAGAAAAGAACUUCCUGUGGAGCAUACAGCAGCUGAUAAGUUUGGCGUCCUGAUGGGGCAACCAUGCUCCUGCCUCCUACGCUUGCUCAAACAUUUAUUCAAGGAAAAUAUGAGUAGCUCCAACUUUUUCUGGUGCCCAACAUUACUUGUUUUCCUUCUGUUUUCACUGGCUACAGCAAUACACUCGGAGGAGACCAAUAAUCACACUUCCAAUGGUUCCGAAGCAGUAUUGGAAUCACUACCUGUGAUCACAUCUAGGGUAGAUCACAUCAUUGUGAAAGAAGGAAACAGCGUGAUCAUUCACUGCAAUAUUGAAGGCAACCCUGAUCCCCAUUUCCAGUGGUAUCAUUCCAAGGAGUAUCUACGAAAAGAAAAUGAAGGAAAAUUGUGGAUUCUUGAUAGUGGACUAUUAAAUAUAACUACUGUGUCAUUUGAAGACCGAGGAAAGUACACGUGUGUCGCUACUAACUCUUAUGGCACUGUGAAUAAUACAGUUACACUGCGGGUUGUCUUUACCUCUGGGGACAUGGGCAUUUAUUACAUGAUAGUCUGUCUGGUGGCUUUUACUAUUGUGAUGGUGUUGAAUAUAACACGAUUGUGCAUGAUGAGCAGCCAUAUAAAGAAGACUGAGAAAGCCAUAAAUGAUUUCUUUAGGACAGAGGGACCAGAAAAAUUGCAAAAAGCUUUUGAGAUUGCAAAGAGAAUACCUAUUAUCACAUCUGCCAAAACACUCGAACUUGCCAAAGUUACUCAGUUUAAAACAAUGGAAUUUGCCCGAUAUAUUGAAGAACUGGCUAGGAGCGUACCCUUGCCGCCACUUAUUAUGAACUGUAGGAUCAUAAUGGAAGAGAUCAUGGAAGUGGUCGGUAUGGAAGAACAAGCACAUACAUUUGUACGACAGGGUGCGGUUGGUCAGGAAGUUUGUGAUGUGGAUGACGUGUUCACCAUUCCUAAUGCUUUACAAAGGAGUGAUUCUCCAAUGGCGGAUUCGGAUGCCUCCUCUCUUCAUGAACCUCCUCGGCAAAUUGCCAUUACAGUCUCAGUUCAUCCAAUGACAAAGAAAUCGUGUCUAGAUACAGACUCUCAGGACAGCAUACAGUCUUUUGUGAAAGAAGAUUCUACAUCAAAAACAUCUGUGGACACUCCUGAGCCAAGUGAACCUCCAGCUAAUAACCCUACUACAUGCAUUAUAUACGAAAGCCAUGUCUAGAUAGGAAAUCUAUGCAGAUCACUUAUAGACACAAAGAGCACCUUAUAGAGAAGAUGUAAAGAAUUAUUGCCACUUAGCCUUACUAGAAGAAACCACCAUAUCAUGCCAUUCUCCUAAAUCAUUUUGUGGCUAAAGCUGCUGAAUCUGCUUACUGAGUAGAGCUGUAUGGCAUUAUAUUAUUGCUGGUACCACUGGAUUUUCGCUCACAUAUUUAAAGUAUAAUAUAGAGAUAUCUCCAUCUGUUACAGAGCCAAAACAGUUACAGUGGAGUCUAAUAUAUCAAGUAUGUAUUUAUCAUUUUGUGGUUUAUUCACUUGCUUAAUUCUUGACAUUGUUCUGGCAAUGGAAGUGUCAUGGUACAUUUGUGAGUAUUGUUUCAGAUUGGAAUCGUAUUACCAAUGAAGGUGAAUGGCAGGGAGCAAAUGCUUGCCUAAUGGUAUCUCCCCUUGGACAAAUAAUGGAACUAGCCAUGGAUAUGUGUUCCAGAUGCAUUAGAAAGCCCAUGGGCCUUGUCACUAAGCAAUCUUGAUUGUUGCUUUGUCCUUAAGUGUAAGAUCAAUAUACAGUGUCCUUCAAAACAGAUUAGUUGCUCAAAGGGGUCAGGUUAAGUGAUUGUAUUUUUGCCAAAAUCAAAGUGAGCUCUUUUCUCUGUAGGUUAAGAGCUAUUCUGCCUUGGUAUCCUGUACACUAAAAAAAGAAAAACCAUGUGAGCUGAGCUCAUGUAAGUGGCACAAAAUACCAAAGAGCAGAGAUUACAUAGUUCCUUUCUAAUUUAAUCCACUAUACUGUGAGUGUCGGUAGAAAUAUUCCUAGACACACCCUGGGAACUGGGCUGAGCUGCCCAACUUACAGACCUGUUUGCUGUCAGACAGGAUCUGCCAUCUUUAUUUAUAUAGUACAAUUUGUUCAUCGGCCAAAAGCAUUAGACCGGAGAUGGUAAAAAUGUUCUUUGUAAACCUUUUAAUUUUUUUUUUUUUUUUUUUACGGUCUAAUUUUUCCAUUAGACAUCAGAGCCUUUUAAAAUGUAACAUGUAAGUUACUCAUAAGUUAUGUUUGGCAGGUCCAGCUAACGUCAGCAGGAUAAAGUUGUAGUCUAAUGUCUAAGGAGGCUUCCAUGUAGGGCAGUGGUCUGAAACUGUGGCCCUCCAGAUGUUGCAAAACUUCAACUCCCAGCAUGACCGGAUGGCCUUUGGCUGUCCGGGCAUGCUGGGAGUUAAAGUUCUGCAACAUCUGGAGACCCACAGUUUAAGACCACUAAUGUAGGGUGUGAAAUAUAUCUGACAGUUCUGUAUUUGGAUUUUUAUGUCCAUUUCUAUUGUUUUUCCUAAGAUGUGUGGCACUUGAGAUGUCUAGUAGCUUCCCCUUCCACACUUUAAUAGAAUUAAAAUGCUAAUUCAGGCAAAGUAAUCUAUUAGGUUAGGACCUGUGGUGUCUUUAAAAAAAUUCAGCUCUCUCAUCCAUGUCUAGAUGUCAGCGCACAGAUUAUUUUGUAGAUCCCUCUACUCCACAGCUCUUGGUGGCGUUAGUUUUGGUUCCCAAUAUGCUGAUGAGCAGAAAAUACAAAAGUUAUCCUGUAUCUUGGUGCAUCACUCAGACCAAGGUAUAGGUUAAGUUAGAUUUAUUAAAAGAAACAACGUGUUUCGACACUGGACAAGGGUCUUCAUCAGGUUAAUCUGAUGAACACCUUAGUCCAGGGUCGAAAUGUGUUGUUUCUAUUAAUCUACCUUAACCUAUAUCUGGGUCCCAGUGAUGCGCCAAGAUACAGGAUAACUUUUGUAUUUUCUGCACAUUUACCAAACAUGAGGAUCCCCAGACCAGGUCCAUCCUGAGGCUGCUCACCAGACAAGUUCUUUCCACAUGCUACUGGGUGUAAAUCGUUGCCAUUUGGUAAGGGCAACUAUUUACACCCAAUUUUUUUUUACAUAUGCCUGACUAUCCCUGACAGGCUUCACUAGGGGCAAACUAGGCUUUCUCUUUUUAUUUCCCUACAUUUUACAAUAUGCUGAUGGGGGUAUUAUCUGUCAACUAGACCUUCACCACUCUUCAGUUCUUAAUGGAGAGAACAGAUGUUAACAGAGCGUCAACCUGAGCACCCAGUUUAACUAUGUCUAUGCAUGCAUUGGCCUAUGAGGUGCCAAAACUCAUGUCACCAAAAAGGGGUAUGGGGGCUUUAAAAAAAAAUAAAUAAAAUACGCACACAUCUAUGGACAGGCAACUAGACAUGGAUGAUGCGAGCUAACAAAAACAUGGCCACUUUUUCAAAAAGAUUAUUGCACUUUUUCGUAAGACUGUGUGGUAUUGGAACUCUUUUCCUAUACCAGUGCUGAGCUGCAGUGCCACAGUCUUUUGACAAGUGUGGCUCUGUUCUUGGAAGAAAGCAUACAUGGUUUUAUAAUCACAUGAACCCUAUUAAAUUAGGAUCAAGGGUAUGACCCAGACUGAAAGUGCCUUAUGCUCCAGUUAUAACUUAGGCUCUUAAAUUGGUUGUCUACACACAAUUCUUGUCAGCAAAUUGUAGUGACGGUAUGUCAACCUAAAUAAACGCAGAAAUUGAGUAUUCCUUGACCUUUCCAACAACCUAUGGACAAUUUUAUCAGAUUGAUAGUUUGUGGAUUCACACAUGAAUAAUUGACUCAAUUAACAAGAUGACCUUCACGGUGAGACGGUUGCAGUCUUAAAAUAGAUUUUCAUUCUUUAAACCAUUUGUAUCUGUAUACCUUCUACACCGAGAGUAGCCACAUGUAGCUUGCAGGUCUUUCUUAUGUGGCUCCUGAAUAUAUAGUUUAUUUUAGAUAUGUGGUGGAUGCUUCCAUGACUGAGGCUCCUAAAUGGCAGCUAGCCUUCAUUGUGGCUCAUAAAAUCAAACCAGCUAGACCUCGCUGAUAGGGUAUGUUGACAAAUAAGUAAAAAAGAAGAAAAAAAAGCAAGAGGUUUAAAAUCCAAAUGCACACUUUUCGAUAUCGUACACUGUUAAAAAAUGGGAAAUCUGUACAGUUAGGCUGCAUUACCUAAGGUUGAUCUGUGUGCCUCAAAUAGGGAUUUUUACAUAACAAUAACAGGGAACCUGUUUUCGCUUUCAUGCUGCCUGAACCACAAGUAAACAGGGCGGUCCCCAGAGGCCUUGAAAGAUUGCUACCUGUUUGAGUAAAGGGAGAAGCUGCCAGGGCUUGUGGGUUAGGCAGCAAGUGAUAAGUUCACUUUAAAGAAUGGAGUAAAUGCCAGUACAACAUAUUCUGAUAAGUUCUUUCUUAACUACUUGAUUUAGAAGAGCUGCAGGAUAUGCAAACUAUACCACAUAAUGCAUUAGUCCUUGUGAAAAUGAUCAGGCCAGAACCGUAUAAGAAUGUCAUUGAAUUAGAACACAUUAACAGGCUGGUCCAUCCAUACUUGUAUUCUAGUUCCGCUGGCCUGAAGAGCCAAAGGCUUCCUUUUACUAGUUAAUUAGUUUACAGUAAAUAAAGAUGGCUUACCAGGAUUGUAGAUGCUGCCGAACCCAAAGUCCAUAUUUCCAAUAAGGAGCACUAACAAUUACCUUUGUUGAAAGCUGCCACAGGACUUUUUAGCCAAUGUUAAAGUGUAAUUGUAUGAAAGUGUCAGCAACUUACCUGUCCACGUUCCUUAUCUCAUAGUUUCUGUAAUAGUUCUUCAGUCCAUACCUGACAUUUUUUUGCCACCUAGAAUUGCCAUUUUUGCAUUUAGUUUUGACCUCACCUCAGACAUAAAGGCUUACCAAGAUUUGUCACCAGAUAAUCUUUCCCAAGGCAAAUUGUUUGAUCUCAGGCAGUUUCGUCUAUGGCUUUUGGAAUAAUUUCAAUAUUCAUUUUUGUCUAGCCAUCUGAAAAAUACUGGCACAAAAUUGGUUAAUUUCCAGAUAUUACUGGUGGUACAGUCUCAAUGGAUUUUAUUAUGGAUUUGCCAAUGUCACAAGGGAAGACAGUGGUCUGGGGGGGGGGGGGGGGGUCAACAGAUUUAGGAAAGUAUGUCAUUUUGCCGAGUUAUAAAAAAAAAUUGGCUUCUCUGCUUGUUAAUCAUAUUGUACAUCUACCCAAUAUUCCAGAAAAUAUUGUUUUGGAUAGAGGUGUGCAAUUUUGGAGAUUGAAUAUUGCUAUGUCAUUCUCUCCUACUUUCCCCCAUGAAACCAAUGGCCAGAUAGAACACUUGAAUCAGUUCUUAGAGGAGUAUUGAAGAUGUUUUUUUUGUGAUCGGUAGUCUAAUUGGGUGUCACAUCUAGUUCUCAAUUGACAUAAGAACCAUGACCAUAGUUCCACUAAUGUGUCCCCCUUCAUUUGUAAUUAUGGGUUUCACCCUCAUUGAGCCUCAGUAUCUACUUCUAACUCAUAAAAUCCUGUGUAAGUCAUUGUCAAAGAUCUGUGCACAGCAUGGGCUCAGGUUUAAGCGAUUCUGAGUAACUCCCAGGAGACCCAAAAGAGAGUGGCUUAAAAAAAAGUGUUCUGUUUUUUCCCCGGCAUUUUCUGUUGGUGAAAAGGUAUUUCUGUCCACACACAAAAUUUACACCUCAGGGUACCUUCUGGAAAACUUGCACCUUAUUACAUUGGUCAGUAUAAAGUUAUCAAAGUGGUUCAUCGACUAUUCCAUAUGAAGCAUAGAAAAACAGGGCAACUCACGAUAGAUGCUUCAACUUCUUUAUUCUGGCAAACAAAGACAUAGGACAAUGUACAUGGGCACGUGUGGAUGGACAAUACAGAAAUCCUUCUAAGAGGCGACUGGUGCCAUUUCACGCUAUCCAAGUGCUUCAGCUGGCCUUGCGUCACUUCCUUAGAGACUUAGUUAAAUAACCUCCAGUCUGGGUAGUCAUAGUAACAAUACACAAAUAAAUUAGUGUUAGUUUUAAACCAUCUCUAAAAACAUGCAAACAAAGGAACAUAUUAUAACAAUACAAUAAGCUCAUUUCGCUCAUUUAGUCCAAGUAGACCUGUUGCAUCCAGUCUUAUGAUCCACCUGGCCUCUUUCCUGUAUCUGUUUGUAAAAUUGUGUUUUUUAUUAUUUUAUUUAAGGGGGUAUUGUCAAAUGUGAACAUGAGCCUAGAACAUUAAGUUUUUUCUUUUUAGUUUUUAAUAAUUUUUAAUAAUUGGUAUUUUUUUACAAACAGAUACAGACUUAAGCCCCAUGGUAAAUACAAAACCAAUCAUUACAUAUAAAAAGAAUAAAACUAUUAGAGAUUUUUUUUUUAAAUCUGAAGCCAAUAAGAAAGAAAACCUGAGUUGGUUAAGUGAAAAAAAAGAUGGUUGGAAACUUUAAAUGUGGCUCAUGUUCUUUUUUGCAAUUUAAACGCACAAUGUAAAGCCAUAACAUUAGGAGGACAUAACCUAAACAUCAACCAAUUUAUCACUUGCCGAUCUACUCACAUUGUGUAUGCCCUGGUAUGUGCAUGCAAUUUCUAUUACAUAGGAAAAAGAAAACUACUGCUUUUCCGCAGGAUCAGGGAGCACUUGGAAAAGAGUGACGUGCGCCCGAGAUGGUGUGGAUAAGCAUACCUUGUUGCAAAGGAAAUAGGCCCGGUGGAUCAUAAGACUGGAUGCAACAGGUCCACUUGGACUAAUUGAACAAAAUGAGCUUAGUGUAUUGUUAUAUGUUCCUUCAUUCACAUGUUUUUAGAGAUGGUUUUGAACUAACCCGAAUUUGUUUGUCUAUGAUUACUAUGACUACCCAGACUGGGGGUUAUUUAACUACGUCUCUAAGGAAGUGAUACAAGGCCAGCUGAAGCGAUUGGAUAGCGUGAAACGGCACCCGUUGCUUCUUUCUGUAUUGUCCGUCCGCACUUACCCAUGUACAAUGUCCUGUGUCUUUGUUUGCAAGAAUAAAGAAGUUGAAGCAUCUAUGGUGAGUUGCCCUGUUUUCCUAUUCUUCACAUGGAACUUUGUAUCUACUACUGUUGCUAACAGUGAGCCCCACCAUAUGCAAGUAUAGCAGCUGCCGCACAUAGGGGGAAGUAUAUCUGCUGGAGGGAAUAUACUACAUUACAUUGCAGUGCCAAGCUAUUUUCCUCUUUGGAUAUUUGGUUUAUCCACUAUCCUGCCAUCUUAGUUGCCUGAUUCAUUUAGGAUUCGCUAUGUAUUUCACGGGUCAUUGUUAAGAAAUAUGUUGCAUAACUCUAGUGAUCAUUCAGGGGGAAUUGGAGUAUGAGGUCUCAAAUCCUUGCCCGCAGGAAAGUCCUGGGGGCCUUGUAGUAUCUGGUUUAUUGGAAGGACUAUGGUCCAGAGAAGACCAUAUGGAUAAAUUGAUUUAAACAUUCAAUGGAAAUUAUACUGAGAAACCUUCUCCAGCUGUUAAGGGUCCUAAGGCCCCAGGGGGGUACUGUCAAGGACUUACGUUUCAUUGAUCCCACACUGAGCCUGGUUUUGGCUCCUUUGCCACACCCAUCAUCUUCACUGUGCUACGGGUUUCUCAGGAGAACGAGAGGCAUGGCAGGGGUUACUGGCCAAUCAGGAGGCUGGGACAAAGGUCCAUUCAGAGCUGGGGCUGGCAUACCAUGCUUCCUAAAAGUGUAUGUACUUAAACUGGCAUCUGCUGGCCACAGAUUCCUAUGAUCGGUCUGUCUACAGCCUUCAUUAGUUUUAUUGAAUACUCUGCUAUCCCUAGAUUCUGGCCUUCAGCUAAAUUCCUUGACUCAGUUGCCUGUCAUUUUGGAUCUGAUGUUAUAAUCCCAAUUUGACCUUUGCUUUUUUUGUGUUUCUGCAUCUGGUUCUGAUUUUGUACUUUGUUGCUAUCCUUGUUCCAACCUAGCUUUCUGGUUUACUCUUUUGUGUUCUGAUUUUGUACUUUACUUGCCCAUUUAAUAUUAUGCUGACCUGUCUGGCCUUCCCUUGCUUCUCUGUGCAAGUUAAUCAGUAAAGGGACAGUCGUCAAGUUGGGAGCCACCAUUUAGGGCCAAUCAUCUAAGUAGGUAGGCACAGUGGCUGGGGUGAGAGCAGGGCUGCAAUGUUCCCUACCUAUCAUUACAGAAAGUUUCUAAGAAAAGUUAACAAUAAAUCAUGGCAAGCCAUGCAUUUUUUUUUUUACAUAAAUAGAAACUUGCACCAGGAUGUUGGUAAUCCAUGUAUAUACAGAUGUCCUUGCUAUGCUACUGUACAGCUGCUUUUGUAACUGUGAGAACAGUGAUGCCAUUAUUUCUCUGUGCCUGCAAACACCUUGUAUAUUGACUGACCAAAUAGCCAUUACUUCUGUGCAGUGACAGCAAUGACAGGCAUGGUAUAAUGUAUUUGUGGAACCUUGUUCUUUUUUUUUGUCUCUAAACAAUCUGUAAAAGCUGUAAAACCAUCUACAAAGCAACAUAAUAAAGAAACAACUGCAA